AUGAACUGUGAUUUUAAGGGUCAUGGACAUUGGGUUAAUUCCCUUGCAUUGAGCGCCAAAUAUGUUCUUCGGACAGGAGCUUUUGAUCAUUCUGGCAAACAGUAUUCCUCUCCUGAGGAAAUGAAGAAGGUUGCACUGGAGAGGUAUAAUAAAAUGAAAGGCAAUGCUCCUGAAAGGUUGGUUUCAGGAUCCGAUGAUUUUACCAUGUUCCUCUGGGAACCUGCUAUCAGCAAACACCCCAAAACUCGCAUGACAGGUCAUCAACAGCUUGUGAACCAUGUUUACUUUUCACCUGAUGGGCAAUGGGUGGCAAGUGCCUCAUUUGAUAAGUCUGUCAAGUUAUGGAAUGGUACGACAGGGAAAUUCAUUGCUGCUUUUCGGGGCCAUGUUGGGCCUGUUUAUCAAAUCAGCUGGUCUGCAGAUAGUAGGCUUCUCUUAAGUGGUAGAAAAGAUUCCACACUGAAGGUCUUUGCUGUUGAUUGGAGUCCAGAUGGUGAGAAAGUUGCCUCUGGUGGUAAGGACAGAGUAUUGAAGUUGUGGAUGGGCUAA